CACUGCGGGCUGCCGUACUCGAGCCAGUCGCCCCGCCUCCGACUGCAACGGAGUGACCCGCUCAGCCGCCUCCGGACUCCUCCCCGGGCUCCCAACUUCACCAUUAAAUCUGAUAAAGUGGCAGGAGGCGAACCAACCUUUGACGUCAGCAAAUCUGUGGCUGCUGGUCACGUGAUCACAUGACAGCGUCCUCACACGGUUGUUGCUGCAGGCUGAAUAUGAUCAUUCAUUAGGUUUUAAUAACCAGCUUAUACAGGAAAUGCAAUAACGUCACAUCGGUACCAUCCUUCCUCCUGCUGCUGAGACAUGACCCGUAACAGAGCUCAGCAUCUGCAUUUACAAACACAGCAGCACAGGUCAGGACAGUGGAGACUUCCACGAUGAUCCCUGUGCGCUGUGGGAAGCACCGAGGCUUCCUCGUGAUUUACAGACAGCUCUGAUCACAGGAGGAGAAAUGGAGCAGGAGUAAUCCUGAAGGAGGAGCCUGAGCAGUGCUGUGGAGGUGAGGAGGCAAGGUCACCAGUAUGAAGCGUGAGGUCGAAGGGUGUCAGUGUGUACGCCCCGCAGGGUGGAGGUCAGAGGGGUGGAGGAAGGUACAGAAGGUGUGAUCUGAGCGAGAUAUGACACUGUGAGGUGGUGUCAGGGAGGAUGUAGCUGGGCAGUAUCGGAUGGUUGACUGCAGGGUGACUUUGGACAUCAAGAAGAGCAAGUGAGUGAAGGAAGGAUGCUGGGAAAGUAAAGCUGAGGGAAACUGCAGGGAGUGUCCUCUGGACAAAGGAAGGAGGACAAGGAGGCUUGGUGUGGACCCAAAGCAAUGAACGGUGCACUAGAGAGGUGAAGAAGGCAGGGCGGAGCGGGUGGAGAUGAAUGUCAGGGGUGAUUCGUGACGGAAGGGUAGCAGCACGAGACAAAGGGAAGGUUCAAAGACAGCAGUGAGCUCUGCUGUUUGGAGAUGGCAGAGGAUGAGCUGAAGAUGUUCAGACGUUCACUGGGAGUGAGAAGGAGGAGUCCAUCAGAGGAGCAGCUGAGAGGGUGAGAUGGUUUGAGCAUGUGCAGAGGAGCUGCCAGGUUGAUGGAGCUGCCAGGUGCAGGACGACUGCUUUGAGUUUCCUGCGGUCGGCACGGAGCUUCGAGGUUUGCUGCUACAUGAAGAAUAGAAGUUUUAAUAAGUGGGUGAAAGUGGAGGAAGGAGAGUCUGAGAGGAAACCCAGAGCCAGGAUGGACUGAUCGUUGAAAACAUGCACGAUGUGCCGUACUCUCUGAGCGCGGGCCCCGAGGUGAGCGCCUGCAUGACCGCCGUCUGCUGCAGCGUUAGGGCCGCCUGUCCGUCCCUGCCUAUAGGAGCGCAGAUCCUGACUGCAGCCAAUCAGCAGGCUCUGGCUGUGGCUCUGGCUUCAGGCCUGGACUUCAUCAGGGCUGAGGGCUUCGUCUUUGCUCACGUGGCAGACGAAGGCCUCCUGAACGCCGGCGCCGGGGAGUUACUGCGGUACCGCAAACAGAUCGGAGCUGAGCACGUGCAGAUCUUCACCGACAUCAAGAAGAAGCACAGCUCUCACGCCCUGACGUCAGACGUGAGCGUCGCAGAGACGGCGCGUGCUGCUGAGUUCUUCCUCUCAGACGGCGUCAUCAUCACAGGAGCAGCCACAGGACUGCAGGCCGACCCCGAGGAGCUCCGAGACGUUUCCCAGUCUGUGGGAAUCCCCGUGCUGAUUGGCUCAGGAGUGACCUAUGACAAUGUCGAGAGCUACCUGGAUGCAAACGCGAUGAUAGUGGGCUCCCACUUUAAGCUGGGCGGGCACUGGGCCAACGAGGUGGACCCGCAGCAGGUGAAGAGGUUCAUGGGGAAAAUCCGGAAGCUCCGGCAGUGAACGAGCCCACCAUGAAGACACGCAGACCGCAGCUUUAGAAAAUCUCAAAAACUUUAUUUUGCUUUUUUAAAACAUUUUAUAAAUACACAC